AAUUAUAUAUAUCUUCUACUGACUGUAAAUACUUCUUUUCUUGUUGAGAGCUUGAAAAAGCUAUAUAACUACUCUUCUUCUUCUUUUCUUUCUCCUUUCUUUUAGUAUUUCCCCCCUUAAUUUUCUGGUUUAGUCAUGGAGAAGCAGCACCGUCGAGAACUGACGUUCUUGCACUCCGGUGACUUCCUCCGACAGAAUUCUGGUGUGCCCGAUCGUACCCUUGAUGAUUCUAGCGAUCACGUUAAACCACACAUCAAGGAAAUGAGUUUCUUUUCUACUCAAUAUCAAUCGCAUGAUCAUCAUCAAGAGAGCAAGACUGAUGAUGAUAAUAAUAAUAAUGGAUCGUCUUCGUUUGUUGAUUCGGUUGCAAACAUUGAAUUAAACCUUCUUAGUUCAAGCCCAGGAGUUUCAAGAUCAACAAAUGAAGAGAAACCUGUUAACAGCAACGCUGAAGAGGGUGCUCUUAAAAUCGAGUUAGAAACGUUGAACGAAGAGAACCGGAGAUUAAGAAGCACUUUGGAUCAGAUUACCAAAAACUACAAUGAACUACAAGGUCAACUAUGCAUGGCGCUGCAAAAACAGGCACACCAAAAUCAAGGAGAACAGAAGGAUGCAGUAAAUGGGAUGUCGAGUACCAUAAUGUCAGUCCAACAAUUCAUGGACCCACGGCCAUCGACUGCAUUAGAUGUCAACGAACCUUCCGUAUCCGACGACAAGACAGCAUCACAAGAAAACACCAUGGAAGUCGUAUCGAAUGAACGUGACCAUCGGAUGGGUCAAAAUAUGCCGGGAAAGCACGUUUCGAUCGACGAUGGUGGUACCGAUCAAUCAUCUCAAAGCUGGGGGUCACACAAGAGUCCAAAGCUAGAUCAGUCUAAGAGUGAAGACCAAGGCUCUGAAGUUCCUUUUAGGAAGGCUAGGGUGUCUGUUAGAGCAAGAUCAGAAGCUCCCUUGAUAACUGAUGGAUGCCAAUGGAGGAAAUACGGUCAAAAGAUGGCAAAGGGGAACCCUUGUCCUCGAGCCUACUACCGUUGCACCAUGGCCGUUGGCUGCCCGGUCCGUAAGCAGGUGCAAAGAAGUGCGGAUGAUAAAAGCGUUCUCAUAACAACAUACGAAGGGAACCACAAUCACCCUCUUCCACCUGCAGCCACAGCUAUGGCUAACACAACGUCUGCCGCAGCAGCCAUGUUGCUAUCGGGUUCAACCAAAAGCAAGGAUGGCCUACCAAGUUCUGCCUACUUCCCUUCCUUACCUUACGCAUCGUCGAUGGCCACCCUCUCGGCCUCCGCCCCGUUUCCAACCAUAACCCUUGACUUAACUCAGGGCCCCAAUGCCGUCCCAUUCUUACGUCCACCGCCUUCCACAGCUUCGUUUCCUUUACCUUUGUACGGUUAUCCGCAGAUUUUAGGGAACCCUAUGUUCGCUCCUCCCAAGGUACCUCCAUCACCGAUAAUGCAGUUAGGGCAACGUCCAGCUUCCAUGGUCGAAGCAGUCACCGCAGCCAUCGCCUCGGAUCCGAACUUUACCGCAGCAUUAGCAGCAGCGAUUUCGACGAUCAUGGGAGCGCCACCGAGAAACAACGGAAACAGUAACGUCAACAACGAUGAAAACAACAAUUCCUCCAAUGGGGUGCCAGUGCCUGCCCUUCCAGCACCAGGAUCACCGCAAGCUCAACAAUCAUGUACCACUUUUUCCACCAAGGCAUGCGGUAACAAGCCUGGCUGAUUAAUUUAAACUUAGGGUCUUGCUUGCCAUGCUCAGGAUAAUGGAUAUUUUUAAUUAGGCCGUUGGAGAGGAAGGAGCUCCCCCCCCCUAACACAACGUGCAUCUCUUUUAUGAUCGUAUAGAAGAAUUUUAAUACAAACAGUCUAUUGAUAGUUGGUGAGUGGUUCAAUCGGCCUUGCAGUUUCAAUAUUUUCCCAUGCUUUUAACCUUAAGAAAAUGUUUCAGAUACUUAUAUAUAAAAUAUAUAUAAAAUAUAUAUAUAUAUAUAUGUUGUCACAUGCAGUUUAAGCAUAGCGAAAGCUUAGAGUGGGGUGUAAGAAUGAAUUGGUGGACAAACAUUUCAAGUAUUUGUUUGUGUUGGGGAUUAUUUUUAUUUUUUACAUUAAUUAAAUAAUUUUUAAGCUAUGAAGAGAUUACAUGUACAGUGUAAGUAUUUUUGCAGAAUUAUAUGU